CAAUUGAUUUUUUAAAUAAUAAAAACGAAGAUUUUUUCAAAGAACUACAUAUAACCAACUUUUAAAAUGUGGCAAUUUAUUUUGCUCUUCAGUAGACAAGGCAAAGUUCGUUUGCAAAAAUGGUAUAAUACUUUUACUGUAAAAGAAAAGAAAAAGAUAGUUCGAGAUCUUCUCACUACAAUUUUAGCUAGAAAGCCCAAGAUGUGCAGUUUUUUGGAAUACAAAGAUAUGAAGAUUUGCUAUAAGCGUUAUGCAAGUUUAUACUUUGUGGUUGGUAUAGAAAGUGGUGAUAACGAGCUGAUUUCUUUAGAAAUGAUUCAUAGAUAUGUUGAGCUACUUGAUAAAUAUUUUGGAAAUGUUUGUGAGUUGGACAUUAUUUUCAAUUUUGAAAAGGCUUACUACAUGCUUGACGAACUUAUAUUGGGAGGAGAAAUACAGGAAACAAGCAAGAAGAGAGUCUUAAGUGCCAUUCAAUUUCAAGAUUCUUUACAAGAGGAUAGUGAGAUUAAGCAAGCACUGGAGCAGAUAGGUUUAAUGUAGUAUGCAAAUAAUUUAAAAAAUGGUUAAUAAAUAUCAAAUAACUCA